CCACUUCCAAAGUACCUGUUGAAUCUUCUGUGCAGCUGUCGGUUUCAUCUAGGGAAAUUCUUUGCUAAAAUCUUUAAGGGGAUUUAAGAAUGCCAAGCUGCAGCUGCUUGCGACCAGAAACUGACUCCGAGGAUGAAGAGAGACCACCCCGUCGGACCAGUGAAGCAUCCGAUGAAGAGCAUAAAAAACAGCAACAGGCCAAAGUGGAUGGCGAUGGGGUUAUUAUUGCUGCAGCCAUAGGUGCAAACAAAGUCCAAUCCAACCAUCGAGAGCGGGAGAGGGAACGCCACAAUCUGAGAGAACGUGAGCGCAAGAGGGAAACAGAGAGGCAGCGGGAGAGAGAGCGCAACUCUGAGAGGGAAAGGGAAAGGAAGAGACAAAGAGACAGGCAGAAGCAAACCGAAAAACAAAGGCAAAGACAGGCUGACAAACAGCGUCAAAAGAAGAGGAAUAAGUAGGAGUUGCUAAACCAAAACCAUCCAACUGUUAAGUAGAUUCCAAAAAAAGAAAUGUGAAUGCAG